GUGCCUGGCAGGAGUUCGGGGCUUAACCUUUCUCUCCUCCACACGUGGGCUGCUGUUGCUGCUCUGGCCAGUAAUUCUUCCUGUAGGCGUGGAUCAGCCACCCUGAAAAAUUGAGGUGGGAGCAGAGGUCAAGGGUGGUGAGUUGAUGGAGUUUGCUGCUGAAAGUGAAGGGACGUCGGGAGGUAGUUUCCAGAGUGUAGCUGAGGGGGCGCGGUUACAUCCCAAGUCGGGUGGGGAGGGAGCCAGGGAUUUAAGGAUGGAGGAGGCCAAGGGUGGAGAGGAGGGGGAUGGCCUGUCAGGGUUAGGUAGUGGACAAAAGGCAGAGAUGGGAGUGGACUUAACAGUUGUGAAGCAAGAAGUGAUGGACUGGCCGGAAAUAGAAGACACGUUGGAUGGCCAGUGGGUAAAGCAGGAGAUACAGGAUAGGCCUGAGGUGAAGGAAGAGAAAGCAGGCUUGUUGGAGGUGAAGCAGGAGAUGGAGAGUGGUUUGGUGGUGAAAGAAGAGAAGCUGGAUGAACCAGAGGUAAAGGAAGAGAAAGUGAAGGUGAAGGAAGAGGUGAUGGACUGGCUAGAAGUGAAGGAGGAGGAGGAGGAGAACUUGAAAAUAAAACAGGAAGAGAUGUUCCUUGGUCAGAGCAUAAAAAAAGAGGAGAUGAUGGAUGGGAUGUUUGUAAAAGAAGAGAAGGAUUUCCUAAAGGAGGAAGUCAUGGAUGAUACAAAGGUGAAAGAAGAGCCUCAGAUAAAUCACCAAGUGGGCUGCAAGCGAAAACUGGCCAUGUCAAGGUGUGAAACUUGUGGCACAGAAGAAGCAAAGUACAGAUGUCCACGUUGCAUGCGCUAUUCCUGCAGUUUGCCUUGUGUAAAGAAACACAAAACAGAACUGACAUGUAAUGGAGUUCGAGAUAAAACUGCCUAUGUUUCAAUUCAUCAGUUUACUGAAAUGAAUCUCCUAAGUGAUUAUAGAUUUUUGGAAGAUGUGGCAAGAACAGCAGACCAUAUUUCUAGAGAUGCUUUCUUGAAAAGACCAAUAAGCAAUAAACAUAUGUACUUUAUGAAAAAUCGUGCACGAAGGCAAGGAAUUAACUUAAAACUUCUACCUAAUGGAUUCACAAAGAGGAAAGAGAAUUCAACAUUUUUUGAUAAGAAAAAACAACAGUUUUGUUGGCAUGUGAAGCUCCGAUUUCCUCAAAGUCAAGCUGAGUACACAGAAAAAAGAGUACCAGAUGAUAAAACUAUUCAUGAAAUUCUAAAACCUUACAUUGAUCCUGAGAAGUCUGAUCCUAUAAUUCGUCAAAGAUUGAAAGCCUACAUUCGCUCUCAGACUGGAGUCCAAGUUUUAAUGAAGGUUGAAUAUACACAGCAAAAUUUAGUAAGAUAUUAUGAACUAGAUCCUGAUAAAAGUCUCCUAGACAAUUUGAGGAACAAAGUAAUCAUUGAGUACCCAACAUUACACGUGGUCUUGAAAGGCUCCAGUAAUGACAUGAAAGUUCUUCCCCAAGUGAAAAGUGAAUCUACCAAGAACCUUGGCGAUGAAAAUUGAGCACUUUUUCUGGAAGAAAGAAGUUUCCAGAUAGUCGCAAAUGACUGUGUCAUUGAUGGCCUGUUGGAUGGUGAGGGGUAUUAUCAACAGGUGGUUGGAAUGUUUUAUUUGUCUAAAAAGUAAUUAAACGAUCUAAACUUAUAUAAAAUGUAUUUUAUAGCCUGUUGAAUUAAUUGACUUUUGUAAGAUAAAGGCCCCUUAUUCGUAUUAGUAAUUCUGAUGUAGUGCUUCCUAGGUCCUGGCUUUAAACAUGCUUCAUUCCAUAGGCUGAAAACUUUGUCAGUUUGAGGUAAGGCCAAACCUGAGGAUCACAACCACAAAGUUGGCACUCUCUGUAGCAGACCUCACUAAACAUAAUGGCCAGCAGUGUACUGUCGAGCCACAGGAGGAGAGCUCAUCUUUCAUCAGUUGCCCGUUCUUGGCUUUGAGGUUUAUAUGUAACUUACCCUUUUUGAGACAACUUUUUCACUUGGGAAAUUCCUAGUACAAUAUCUGUACUGGGAAGGUGAAUAAAUAUUAUUAGCAACUGUUUUCUUAUAUUCAGCUCAGAAAAUCAGUGACUCCACAUUGUUUGAACCUUCAGUCUAAGGAAUUUGGAUCUACUUUAACGUACAAUAAACGAUGUCUUAGGAAUCCUGUGCCUUUCAUCACUUUCCCAGUCCAUUCUUACCAUUACCACACGGGGAUACGUGAUGACCAGUUUUAUACUGUGUUUUGAUAUGUCUAGCAAUAACUAAAGAACAAAAAUCUGGGGACUCUUCAGUGUGUUACUGAAAUGUAUAUGUAUGUAUUCAUGUAUAUACGUGGCUUCAUUUAUACUUAAUGGCAGCUCUGUACAUUAUGAUCUCAUAUAUUAAAGUUUCUUAAUUAUAUUAAAAUUUAUAUCAUGAAAAUGCAAUAUAAAAGAGUAAAAAAUUAUUAUAUCUAUAUUGCAUGUGUGUGCUUUAUGGUUAAAAACAAUGAUAAAACUGGAUAUUAAUGAAGUUAUUUUUAGUGUGCAAUUGCAAUAAGUUUUAGAACAAAAAGAAAAUGAAAUAUCAGUUUAAGAGAUUAGAAAGAUUAGAAAAUAUGAAAAGAUAUGGAGAGGAUAAGCACAGGAGAAACUUAUAACUUCAAGUAGAAAUUGGAAAAGAGAAUCCAAAAAUGAUGCCAAAAAACCCCUUGGUAUGAAGUACUAGUACGAAUGUGAGACAUAGAAAAUAAGGCCUUGCAAGUUGGAAAAGAAACAAAAAGUUUAUGCACAUUACAUAGGGUGCCAAAAAGAUGUGUGCAUAUAUUAAGAAAGGAAAAAUUGAUUAAAAUUGUAUUACUUAAGUCAUAUUUGACAAUUAUAAGAGGUGCUCAAACAUAACUUGUAUUCAUCUUUUAUGAUCAGUAUGUAUUGACUGUUAAAAUUUAACAUAGGUUUUUCUUUCUUAAAUUGUAUAUACUUUGUUCUGGCACCCUCUGAAUACAUUAUACACGCACAUACACACACACACUGCACAUCCAAAAGCAACUUCAGGAAUUCUGUUAUGGGGAAGAAUUUGUAUAGAAUUAUCUUUUUGACAAUACUGGAGAAGCAACUAAAUGGAAUUUCGGGAAAUUCGGUUUUAAUCUACCAGUGAAGUGUGUCUUAUUAAAACAGGAAAGAAAGGGGAUGAAUUGAGUCAAAUGUGUCAUGGAAUUGUUACUGGGAAAAGUGGAAAGCACCCAAAAAAACAUGUGAUCUGAAUAUUAGAAUGAAGAGGAAUUUCCUCACAGUGAAAUCUGUUAUGAUGUAGUCUUAUUUCCAAGAAAAGUGUUGCGUUCCAUCCCUCCUGGAAUUUAAAUUGAAAACUGGACUAAAACCAAACCAUUUAUCCUGUACUUAUUCCUGCCCAGGAGAAAACAGAAAGAAAAAAAAAAUCUACAUGAUCUAAUGCAUCUUUGCCAUCUUUAUUUUCUAGAAUUCUAUUAGACUUUUCAGUUUAGGCUACUUCCCAAGAAAGAAUUUAACAAAGUAUAACCUAAAUAUAACCAUCAGCUCAUUUGAUUAAUGUGCACAUUUAUACUCACAGGAUUUAUAGUAAACAUGUGUUUU